CCUCUACUACAUCUGAAGAGUUGAAGAUGAAGCUCUGCUGUGCUGUGGCUGUGGCUGUUGCCGUCCUGGUGCUGGCUCUCUGCUCUCAGGGAGACAGCCAGACUGCUGUUGGACCGGACAAAUGCUGUUUUGAAUUUUACAGCAAGAAGCUUCCUGCAAACAAGAUAAAUGCCUAUAAAAUGACCCGUGCCGACUGCCCCAAACCAGGCGUGAUCCUCACUACUGUCGGCAACAAAGAAAUUUGUGCCAACCCAAAGGUGAAGCAAAUCCAGGCCAUUAUUGAGAAAAUCGACAAUCUGUUUGGAACUCAGACCACCACCGGUGCACCCUAAGAUCAGCCUGGGUUAAAUCCAAGAACUUGUCGUUGUCACCAACUAUACAUAUGCAAUUUGUACAUCUCAAAAUAGUCAAUCUGUUUGGCACGUGUCCAUCAACAUCUUUUAGAGUGAAGAGUUUUUGUGGUUUAUUCCAUGGCAGAAUUAUGUUUCAACCAUUGAGGUCCUCUAUGGCAGAAUUACGAUUUGUUCGAAACAUAAUUUUGCCAUAGAAUAAAAAUAAUGUAUUUUUUAAAGGAUUUUAAUUGCAUGGACUCCUUUUAAAAUCUGAAUAAGUUUUGCUCCUGCACCUUAACCUGGGAUGAGCUCAAUCUUACGUCUCAACGUAAUCCAUCAACGCGCCAUCAGCUAUAUGCAGAAAUGUUCUUCUCUGAGAUGUAUUGGUACUCAGUGGUGUAGUGCAAUAUGUGUGCAAAAGAUGUGCUCGUCACAUUCAAUGGCUUUUUUGCACAACUGUGUUUUUUUGUAAUGUCUUUUGUGGAAAUCUUCCUGAACCAAAUAUGAGGAGAUUAACCGCAUGACUUCUGAAUGUAUAAUAUAUCACCCUAAUAAAUA